GCUGCAGGGUGUCAGUGCUCCAGGUCACCGACACAUUGAAGAAAAAAAGGGGAGAGAGAGAGAGAGAGAGAGAGAGAGGGGUGCAUUCAGGUCUGCUGUGAUGGAGGACGAGCCGCGUGAAGAGGAGACACCGGAAACUGCAGUUUAGCAUGGUGAAGGACUCCUCGCCGAUGUCUCUCUCAGCUAACAGAAAGCCGUCUGCUGGAACUCGCAGACGGCCUGCUGGUACAGCCAGUAACCGACAGCCUCACACACAUGCAGAUUCCUCUAUCAGCAGCACUUGCUCAGCAUCGUCCUGCAAAGGCGCAGAGUUCAGUAGCAAGCCCCGAUCACACCCAGCUACACCUCGACGGCAGGCGAAGUACGGAAGCUGUAGUGAGAAUCACGGGAUCCGUCCUCCUGCUCCCGAGCAGUAUCUCACCCCACUGCAGCAGAAGGAGGUGUGUAUCCGUCACUUACGCGCCCGACUGAAGGAGAAUGUGGAGAGAUUGCAGGACAGGGACUCUGAGAUUGGGGAGUUGCGCAUGCAGCUGACGCGCAUGCAGGAGGACUGGAUCGAGGAGGAGUGCCAUCGCAUUGAGGCCCAGCUAGCACUGAAAGAAGCUAGAAAAGAGAUCCGGCAGCUCCAGCAGGCUGUGGAAGCUGUCCAAUCCAACUUGGGCCACCAUGACACGGAUCUGCAGGACUGUAAGUCAGAUGGAGCGAGUGGAGUCAGGCUAGAGUUGCGACCUGGAGCCUCGAGGUCAUGUGGCUGCUCUCCAGCUCACACCAUUGGUCGCAGUGCCACCUUUACUAGGCUGAGCAGCGAAACAUUGCCUGGCAUCGACCGCAAUGGAAAUGUUACCUCCGAGCACCGCGUUCACCCCAUUCCCGCCAACCGAGGAGCUGCGACUUUACCAAGAGGCAAUGGGCGCCCUCGUCUCAUCCUGGAGGCAUCCCUGUUAUCUGAGCAAGCCCCACCCACAAUGCUGUGCUCCUCCACCAAUGAGAAACUGUGCAGUGGGGAGACGGCCGUGCCUGUAGGCCGACCCUGUCGUAUGCUUAACAACAACUGCAGCUGUGCACUGCAUGCCUGCCUCCCUCAUCACCAUCUUUUUUUGCAUCUUCCUCAGCAGGAAGUACCACCUUCCCCGCCUCCUGCUCCACCACCAGUGCCACCUAGUACAUCCAAGGCAAGCGAUAAACCUGGAUUCAGAUCGCAAGCCUGCAGCCCAACCAUCACCUGGAUCUCACCAGAGGAAGUGGAGGAAGACGGUGAAAGUGAAGAACUGAGCGUCAUCACUUCUUCAGCCACAACGGCGCCAGACAUUACUCUUGUUGAACCGCAAACGAUUUCAGCGUCUUCCUCCAUACUGUCGACUCAGAAAUCUUACCUCGCCGAGCCUUUACCGCCAGACAACCUCAGUCAGUCAUUAUCCUCAAAAACAGCUUCUCAAACAGUGUUGACUAUGCCACAAAUCCAGCAACCCAGUCUUCGAUCGCCUCCGUCACCUGAGCAGCCACCACAGAUCAAAGAAGAUGGAGCUGCUGGAGGUACUGAGGAAGAGGAGGGGCAAGAACAAGAUCCUCCCAACUGUCACUGGAGCCGCUACUUUCUUGUUGAUCUGUUAGCUGUGGCGGUCCCGAUUGCACCGACGUUGGCAUGGCUUUGUCGAGGAGGGCAGCAUGACGUCAUGCCAGCGUACCACAUGGGCUCCCUGUUGCGUGGCUGCUGCGCCGUGGCACUUCAUUCACUAAGACGUGUUGGCAGCACUCGUAGCCGAGGGCCGUCUGAGACAGAGGGCGGGACAGCAAUCUAAAUAUCCAUCCUAGACUGGAGUGUUUUCUUUUUCAUUUAUAUCUUUUAUCAUGUUUAAUAGACAUACUGAAUAUUUAAGCUUAGACUGAAACAAAAUUUGGUUGCAACAGGCUUUAUCUAUGAAACUAGAAAUGCCCCACUACAAUCUGAAUUUCAAAGUUAAGCAUUUGAUCCCCUCCUAUCCCAUCUUUUCCCUUAUUCGGCCAAUUCCUACUCACCAUGACACAAAAACUACCAAAUGGGACAUGGUGUCUGAGACAUGUGAACCACACCUUCUCAAACCGCUGCUCAUGCUGUGUCACGUGGCAGGGUAACUCACUCGGAGGAAAGCGCUUUCUACCCUCUUCUGCAUACACAAGCUCACAGAAACCCAGGAUUGGCUAGUGUCUUUGUGAUUGACAGUAUGUCAGCCCACAGGCACUCAGCUACACUAUCAGAAAAUAUUGUUGUACCUUAUCACUGGGUCAGUUCCUUCUAAUGUACUUUUGUACCCUUUAUAUACUAUUUGGGAACAUGUACCUUUUGGGCCUGAGAAAGUUGCACAUAGUUACCUUGAGGUUCAAUAAUGAGCCAUGAGGGGUACAUUAGUGUAGCUUGUACCUUGGGGGACAGAAAUGGACUCCUACUCUACCCCUAUUUCUGAUAGUGUACAGCUGGCUGUGGCAUCAUCAGGAUUUGAGCUUGCGAUAUCCAGACAACAAGGGGACUUAAGGAAAAAUGUCAAGAUGCACACAUUUGAUCGUCACCAUUUCAGCCAGUGCACUAAAUACAUAUGUAGCGGUGUGAUAAUUUUCAUCUAAAUUUGAAAAAAAAAAGUCGCAUGACCAAAAAUUUAAUUAGAAUUUUCCAUACCUAAAAUUGAAUGUGAAACCUUGGACAUAAAUUCAAGUGGUGGAACAGUUUUGAUUUAAUUUGAUCUAAUCCAACGGCUUACAAAUAAAACCAUUUGCACGUUUUUAAAUUCAGAUUGUAGCAGCACGGCUCUCAUCUAUAUUUGUCCUGUAAAACCUUGAUCCCCAUUUUAAUUUCAUCAAGAUGGCCUUUACUUGUUUCUUUUGCUCAUUUCCACCAAUUGUCAUGUUUCCUUCUUUCCACUCAGUGGUUCCUCUCCUCCCCAUUUCCUCCCGUUCCAGCUUUCAAGUCUGAGAAGAAAGCGCGGAUUCAAAAUGGCAGGUCUCUGCCAAGAACACUGGGAUAUAAACAGUACCUCAUCUUUGAUGUUUUAAAUAUGAACCAAGGCUCCUGAAAUGCAGCGUGUAGCAGAUCAACGGUUUGGUGUUUUUAGCCUGCACUGUAUCUGACUAUUCCUCGUUCAUAUGAGCGUGUUCAUUCAAGUAUGAAGCCCAAUACCACUGUUUUUGAUUCAAAGGGAAAAGAGGGAGGCUUGUGCACAUGCGUGCUUGUUUGGCUUGGAAGAAAACGUCUUACGGGUUUUUAAGAAUGUAGCAUGCUUGUUGUAUGCUCAAGAAAGCUUUUAAUUUUAUUUGUAUAAUAUGCAAUCUCAGGCUGAAUUCUGACUCUAGAUAUAGCUAAUACGUCAUUUGAAAGAAAAAAAAAAAAGACCCCAGCAAAGGGUUGGCUAGCUUUAAAAGUUUGUAAUACUGUUUGGCGUACAUCUGAUCACAGCUCAGCUCAUACAGUAGAUUCAGGUGUAGUGCGCUUGCUCAGAUAUUUUCCUCUUUGCCAUUGCUCCAUCUUAAAUCUCCUGUAAAAUUUUUCCUCUCAGUUUAGCACUUUAUAACAGAACAUUAACUGAAUUUCAGGGUUGUGUUGCAUGCGUUCAGAUAAUUAAAUGUAAUCCAUAUGAAAAUUAUGCAUUUUAUAGCUGUUAUCAAAGCCAUGCACUCCAGCAAUGAAUUUGCAUCAGGGAUGGCAGCAGCUAACGCAAGCGCUCCAUGAAGGCUGGUUCGAGUGCAAGAUAGCUCAUUUUCCACUAGACAAGACUAACAAUCUACAGCUAUUUUAAUAAACGUCACUACAUUAGCAAUAUCAUUUCCUGUAUCCGCAGUGGAACAUCAUAAUUGUAGACUAUCAAGUACACAGCCUUGAAAGGGGUUUUGGAAAAAGCCUGCAGUCUCUUCUGUAAAUAAACAUGAUUUGAAAAUAAAAAAAUGUGACUAAACAACCAAA